AUGGAAGUCUCCCUUUAUAUGUAUGACCUCUCUCGAGGUCUUGUGCGGAUGAUGUCUGCGAGCCUGAUCGGCGUCCAGCUCGAUGCAAUGUACCACACGUCUAUUGUGUUGGAAGGCGUGGAAUAUGUCUACGAUGGCGGGCUAAAACAGGUCAAACCAGGCUCGACCCAUCUGGGCCAGCCUUUGAGGAAGAUGGUAUUGGGGAAAACCGAGCUUCCUAUGGAGGUUAUCCAAGAUUAUUUCGAAUCGCUACGGCCAAUUUACACAUUCGAGGCGUAUGACCUUUGGCGACACAACUGCAAUAACUUCACAAAUGAUUUUGCAACCUUUCUGGUCGGAAGAGGCAUACCAAGCCACAUCACCGACAUGCCCCAGACAGUACUCAACAGCCCCAUGGGACGGCUGCUGCAACCAGCGAUCGAUGAUGCAAUUAGAAACAGCCAAAAUCGACAACGAACAGGAGGGCUGCUAGGCAUCGAAGAUGAUACCGCUAUCAUGGCAAGAAACCUAAAUUCCCGCCAGUGUGCAGAAGCAGUCAGAACGCCUGCCAGUCUCAAAGAACUGAACGACCUGCUCGCUUCUGCGCAUGAGUCCUGUGCAGUCGUGUUCUUCACAUCCGCGACUUGUUCACCAUGCCGAACUCUUUAUCCGGUUUAUGAGGAGCUUGCAGCAGAGCUAUCUCAUAAAUGCGUGUUUAUUAAAAUUGACAUUAGCAAGGCUAUGGGCGCGCAGCAGACAUUCUCAGUAAAUGCCACUCCAACCUUUAUCACGUUCCUAGGCGGCAAAGAGGAGCGUCGCUGGUCUGGCGCGGAUGUCAAUGCGCUGCGAGGUAAUGUUAAGCUGUUGACGGUAAUGGCCUGGCCAGCACACCCGCACGAGUCUCUCAAGCUCCCACAAUUACGAGGGGCCUCGGUGAAGCCAAUCGUCUUCAAACGUAUCCCACCGCUGGAUAAAUUGUUAGCAAAGAUAGGCGACGCAGGUCGAUUGCCAGCUGUGCAAGGAGUCAAAUACUUCAUAGCCACCAGCGAGGCAGAAGGUGCCGCGGCGUCGACGCUGCCUGACCUGGAUGCGUUCAGUCACUUUCUACGGAAAUCAAUUACAACUGUGCCUGUUGAGAAAAUGUUUGCUGUGCUGGACUUAGUCCGCAUCGCCAUCGCCGACCCUCGAUUCAGCGGGUAUUACGCCCAAGAAAAAGACCACAAGACCAUUGCACCGCUACUAGAGUAUGCCAACAAGGCCGAAGACCCUCCAUAUGCUCUGAGGCUCGUCGCGCUACAACUGACCUGCAAUUUGUUUUCCUCCUCGUUGUACAUUCACCACAUUCUAAAUUGUUCGGCUUUGAGGAUACCAAUCAUCCAACUUACUGCCUCUUGUUUACUAGAUGAAAAACAUCAGAAUAUCCGCAUAGCAGCUGCAUCUGUGACAUUGAACAUUGCUACUGCGAACAGCCUGGUACGCAGAGAGGAUCACCACGAGGCGUUGCCGGAAGAUGACCAGGUUGAGCUGGCUGCAUCAUUAUUAGAAGCUAUCCGCACAGAGGAGGAAUCGCAUGAAGCAUUGAAUGGGUUCUUGUUAGCCAUCGGGCAGCUAAUAUACUGCGCAAAGAAAGAUGGGGAAGUGGUUGACCUGCUCAAGAUUUUGGAUGCCCAAGCCACGAUACUGUCGAAGAAGGGAUCAUUCCCUGACGAGGGAUUAAUAACUGAGAUUGGAAAUGAGUUGCUUGGAAGUUAUGAUUCUGAUUCUACGGAAGCACAGCACGUAAUAGAGCAAGAUACCCAUACCUAG